GUGCAAAUCUGAUCACAGUACUCAGAAUUUCUUUAGACCAUAACCUCAUAUGCUCUUUCUUCCAUACUCAGCUGGCGUGCCAAUACUGUGGAAAGGGCGCCAUAUCCCGGCAGCAAGGCUUUGUGCUACCCGCUACAUCACGUGACUCGCCAAAUUAUCACGUGACCAAGGCCUUGGUCACGUGACUCCGGCGCCUCAGAACAUCGCGAAGACCAGUCUGUUCAAGGCUCUCGUUUUCAGCUCGAUACACCAAACAGAGCACUCAGACACGAUGACCUCUACUAUAGCCACGACGUCCUCGCAGACACGCGAUUUGAAUGGGCUCUCGUUGAUCGCGUCCCACUCACAUAUUUCGGGCCUCGGGUUGGACGACAACUUGGUGCCCAAGCCAUCUGCACAAGGAAUGGUCGGCCAGCUCAAGGCGCGUAGGGCUGCCGGGCUCAUUUUGAAGAUGGUGCAGGUCGGCCAGAUUGCCGGCCGGGCCGUGCUUAUUGCGGGUCCUCCGUCCACGGGCAAAACCGCAAUCGCCAUGGGGCUCUCGCAAAGCUUGGGCGAAGGCGUGCCAUUUACGGCAAUCACGGGUUCGGAGAUUUUCUCUUUGGACUUGUCCAAGACCGAGUCGUUGACCCAGGCGUUCCGCAAGUCGAUCGGCAUCAAGAUCAAGGAGGAGACCGAAAUCAUCGAGGGAGAAGUCGUCGAGAUCCAAAUCGACCGCUCCAUCACGGGAGGCCACAAGCAGGGCAAGUUGACGAUCAAGACCACCGACAUGGAGACCAUCUACGAGUUGGGUAACAAGAUGAUCGAGGGCUUGACCAAGGAGAAGGUCUUGGCAGGCGACGUCAUCUCCAUCGACAAGGCCUCGGGCAAGAUCAGCAAGUUGGGCAAGUCGUUUGCCCGUGCCCGCGACUAUGAUGCCAUGGGCCCCGAAACCAAGUUCGUGCAGUGUCCAGAGGGCGAGUUGCAGAAGCGCAAAGAAGUGGUGCACACGGUAUCGUUGCAUGAAAUCGACGUCAUCAACUCGCGCCAGCAAGGCUUCUUGGCGUUGUUUUCUGGAGACACGGGUGAGAUCCGCUCCGAGGUGCGUGACCAGAUCAACACCAAAGUGGCUGAGUGGAAGGAGGAGGGCAAGGCCGAGAUCGUGCCGGGCGUGCUUUUCGUCGACGAGGUCCACAUGUUGGACAUCGAGUGCUUCUCGUUCAUCAACCGGGCGUUGGAGGACGACUUCGCGCCCAUCGUCGUCAUGGCCACCAACAGAGGCGUCUCGCCCGCCCGUGGAACCAACUACAAGUCGCCGCAUGGUGUGCCCAUGGACUUGUUGGACCGGUCCAUCAUCAUCCACACGGCCAACUACUCUGCCGACGAGCUCCGCACCAUCUUGUCCAUCCGUGCCACGGAGGAGGAGGUGGACUUGACGGGCGACGCGUUGGCCUUGUUGACGAAGAUCGGCGAGGAGACGUCCUUGCGGUACGCGUCGAACUUGAUUGCCGUGUCGCUGCAGCUUGCCGCCAAAAGACGCGCGGAAAGCGUUGACUUGGCCGACGUUAAGAGAGCGUACCUGCUUUUCUUGGACUCGAGCCGGUCCGUCCAGUUUGUCUCUGACUUCGCGUCCCGUUUCAUUGACGACGACGGGAACGUGACGCUCGGCACCAAGGCCGACGAUGACAAGAUGCAGACGGACUAGGGCGCCCACCACACGAAUGUAUAAUACACAAGCCCCCCAGAAUACAAGACCAGAGGACGGCAGGCCGAGUAAAAGUUGUAUGAAAUAUGUAGGUGUAUGUAGAAGUGUAGAGGACGGGCCUGGCGGCAAGGCCAUCAGCCCCACGAGGCCCCGCGUCUUACGUGCCCUUGGUGUUCAAAAUCAACGCUAUGAUCAAGCCGUACAAGCCCAACACCUCCGCGAAAAUCAAAAUCAACACUAUGCCCACAAACAACCGCGGCUGGUGCAUGUACUGCCUCACGCCUUCAUCGCCCACAAUGCCAAUGGCGUACCCAGACGCCAUACAGGCAAGCCCCACCGAGAGCCCGCAUGCCAAAUGCAUGAUUCCUUUGAAUAGAGAGUAGUCUUCCGCCGGGUUCAACCCGCCGGCAAUCAACACCGAGACCACC